AUGAGAAAAGGGGUUCAACUUAAUUUUGAAUACAUUGGGUCUCACAUCAAAGAUUACACUGAUGACAAUAAGUUAUUUACUAUAUUCGAAGUCGAAGACAUCAAUCAGAUCAUGAGAUUCGCAAAUUUAUCAACAAAUGACUUUGUUAAUCUGCUAAAACAAGCUCAUUCUACAGUCAAUGCAAAAAAACUAUAUUUUUCCACUCGAAAUGCAAAUAUUACCGCACAAAACCUUGGAGAAGUCAUUGAACUUCUUAAAUCAGUCGGAGAAUUCAUGAAAAUGAGAAUACUUGAUGGAGCUAUUGACAUUUUGAUACAGUUGGAAAAAGGAUUGCCUACUUUGGCUAAGCAAAUCCCAAAUUCUAAUCUGGAAUCAAUUAAAGAAAACAGUGAAGGAGAAAUUCUAUCAAAAAUUCGAGAACUUAGGAAACUUGAUGAUAUUAAACACGUCUACAAUUUCUUCGAUGAACUUUCAUCUCAAGGAAAUCAAAGAAUGAUUUCAAAAGCUUGCAAAGAAGAUCUUUGGAAAAUCGUACCUUUUAAAAAUACAGUGCUUGGUAAUGAAAGAAAUAUACUUCAUAUAGCGUGCGAAAAAGGAAAUCUCAACCUUGUUAAAUCACUCAUAGAUAGUGGCUGUAAUAAAGAUAUUAAUGAUAAUCAUAAAUGUUCUCCACUAAUCUAUGCAUCAAUAGGAGGCCAUCUUGAAGUUGUUAAAUAUCUUGUCUCUGUUGGAGCAGAUAAAGAAACAAAAAAUAAGGAUGGAAAAACACCACUUAUUGUUGCAUCAAGAUAUGGUCAUCUUGAAGUUGUUAAGUAUCUUAUUUCUAUUGGAGCUGAUAAAGAAGAAGAGGAUUAUGAUGGAAAAACUCCACUCAUUUGGGCAUCAGAAGAAGGUCAUCUUGAAGUUGUUAAAUAUCUUAUCUCAGUUGGAGCUGAUAAAGAAGCAAAGAAUAAUGAUGGAAAAACUCCACUCAUUAUUGCAUCAGCUAAUGGUCAUCUUGAAGUUGUUAAAUAUCUAAUCUCUGCUGGUGCUAAUAAAGAAGCAAAGAAUAAUUAUGAAUAUACUCCACUCAUUAUUGCAUCAUUAAAUGGUCAUCUUGAAGUUGUUAAAUAUCUUAUCUCAGUUGGAGCUGAUAAAGAAGCAAAGAAUAAUGAUGGAUAUACUCCGCUCAUUAUUGCAUCAUUAAAUGGUCAUCUUGAAGUUGUUCAAUAUCUUAUCUCAGUUGGAGCUAAUAAAGAUGCAAAUGAUAAUGAUGGAUAUACUCCGCUCAUUAUUGCAUCAUUAAAUGGUCAUCUUGAAGUUGUUAAAUAUCUUAUCUCAGUUGGAGCUAAUAAAGAAGCAAAGGAUGAUGAUGAUGGAGUAACUCCACUCAUUUGUGCAUCAGCUAAUGGUCAUCUUGAAGUUGUUAAAUAUCUAAUCUCUGCUGGUGCUAAUAAAGAAGCAGAGAUUAUAAAUGGAGUAACUCCACUCAUUUGUGCAUCAUUAAAUGGUCAUCUUGAAGUUGUUAAAUAUCUAAUCUCUGCUGGUGCUAAUAAAGAAGCAGAGAUUAUAAAUGGAGUAACUCCACUCAUUUGGGCAUCAUUAAAUGGUCAUCUUGAAGUUGUUAAAUAUCUAAUCUCUGCUGGUGCUAAUAAAGAAGCAGAGAUUAUAAAUGGAGUAACUCCACUCAUUUGUGCAUCAGCUAAUGGUCAUCUUGAAGUUGUUAAAUAUCUUAUCUCAGUUGGAGCUGAUAAAGAAGCAAAGAAUAAUGAUGGAUAUACUCCGCUCAUUAUUGCAUCAUUAAAUGGUCAUCUUGAAGUUGUUCAAUAUCUUAUCUCAGUUGGAGCUAAUAAAGAUGCAAAUGAUAAUGAUGGAUAUACUCCGCUCAUUAUUGCAUCAUUAAAUGGUCAUCUUGAAGUUGUUAAAUAUCUUAUCUCAGUUGGAGCUGAUAAAGAAGCAAAGAAUAAUGAUGGAUAUACUCCGCUCAUUAUUGCAUCAUUAAAUGGUUAUCUUGAAUUUGUUAAAUAUCUUAUCUCAGUUGGAGCUAAUAAAGAAGCAAAGAAUAAUGAUGGAUAUACUCCGCUCAUUAUUGCAUCAUUAAAUGGUCAUCUUGAAGUUGUUAAAUAUCUUAUCUCAGUUGGAGCUAAUAAAGAAGCAAAGGAUGAUGAUGAUGGAGUAACUCCACUCAUUUGUGCAUCAGCUAAUGGUCAUCUUGAAGUUGUUAAAUAUCUAAUCUCUGCUGGUGCUAAUACAGAAGCAAAGGAUGAUGACGGAAAAACUUCACUCAUUUAUGCAUCAGAAGAAGACCAUCUUGAAGUUGUUCAAUAUCUUACACAUAUUGGAGCUAAUAAAGAAACAAAUAAUUAA